CCACACAGGCGAGGCCGGAUUUUAACCCGGGUCCCCAGAACUGUGAGGCAGAUGUGCUAAUCAGUCGUCCACUGUGCCGCCAUCUUACCCAGUUUAAAUAUGGAAAACAGCUUGGCUCUGAUUGGUCCAUAUCACGGUGGCUUUAACACUUGAUAGAUGGCCAAGCACUCUAUAUACCUAACUAUCUGCAUACAAGCAAUUAAAACGUAAUUGUUUUCAUAAUAUGUCCCUUUUAAGUGGAUUGGGGACCAAAGGAUUGCUGGUUGCUAGAGAGAGGCCUGUUUGCGUCCUAACUCCAACUCAAACACAUUUGAGGAUGACACUGCUGGGAUGCUCUUGCACUGCUUUCACAGUUAAGAAAGAAGGGCUAUGAUGGAGGCGGAAUAUGAUGACUGGUUAACACAUCUGCCUCACAGUUCAGUGCUUGUGGGUUUGAAUUCAGACAAUGGCCUUUCUGUGUGGAGUUUGUAUGUUCUUCCUGGGCUUGUGUGGGGUUUCCUCGAGUUCUCUGUUGUUUCCCCCCACAUUCCAAAAACAUGCAUGUUCGGUUAUUUGAAGACGAAAUUGUCUUUAGGAGUGAGUCUAUGUUUGUCUAUGUGUGCCCAGCGUCCAAUCCAGGGUGUACGGAAGUUGGGAUAGGCUCCAGCACCGCCUGCGACUCUAAAUGAUGUAAAACAGUAUAGAAAAUGGAUAGAUGGAUGGGUUAAAAUUGAAAAUGACGAGUACACUGAGGGUUUUAAAUCUAGUUAGUUAGUUUACGGAAUACCAUACAUGUAGCCAAACGUUUUGUAAAUGUAGGCAAUUAAUUUGAUGAACUUGUAUAAAUUAUGGAAUUAUCUUCUUAAUAGAUUGAUACAUGUUACUUAUAUUAUGUACAUGAGCACGGCUUUACUCUUUUUUUUGUUGUUGUCCUGUUGGCUUUCACUGUGUGCUUUACAGGCAGUGACCUCACGGCGCCAUAUUAAUAUGCUCCCUCCUCCUUCUCCUUGCCUGCUACAGAUGUUAGCUUAGCACUAGCAGCUAGCUGCCAGUCUCCUUAUCACAUCCACUGGGCUGACAUAGGGCAGCGGCGUGAUGGAAAUUGACUCACUUCAAGAGGCGCUCAGAGACUUUGAGAAGAAAACAAAAAGGGAGCCAUGUCCUGUACUGGAGCAGUUUUUAUGUCAUAUCGCCAAGACUGGAGAAACCAUGGUCCAAUGGUCUCAGUUUAAGACCUACUUUCUUUUUAAAUUGGAAAAGGUAAUGGAUGAUUUCAGAGCCACAGCUCCUGAGCAAAGAGGCCCUGCCAAUCCCAAUGUGGAGUCCAUUCCAUUUGAAGAUAUGAAAGAGAGAAUCCUGAAGAUUGUUGAAGGAUAUAAUGGAAUUCCCUUCACUAUACAGCGCUUAUGUGAGUUACUUACAGAACCCAAGAGGUACUACACAGGGACAGAUAAAUUUCUUCGAGGUGUGGAAAAGAACGUAAUGGUGGUGAGCUGUGUUCAUCCAACAUCAGAGAAAAAUGGAUGCAGCGCUGUCAAUAGAAUGAAUGGAGUAAUGCUACCGGGGAACUCCUCUUCCUUCACAGAGAGAAAAGUGAAUGGUCCGGGAACUCCACGGCCACUCAACCGACCGAAAUUAUCUCUAGCCAACUCCCUUGCAGCUAAUGGACUACCUGACAGCACUGAAAACAAAGACCUCAAAACAGACCAAGAAGGUGUUAAAGAUGUAUCCGGAAGUGAGGUUUCAGCCUCGGGAGAUAGCCUGGGGAGUGCGAUAAAGAACAAACACUCAGACACAGAAGAGGACAUGGAAUCUGAGCAGCAGGAGGUGAAGAGACUUAAGUUUGGCAAGGAUGAUGAUGAUGAGGAAUAUGAGGAGGAUGAAGAAGAAGAGGAAGAAGAGCGGGAAGUAGAAACGCCAAAGCCUUUAAAUGCCACUUGCCUCUCAAAAGAAGCAGAAGCCAUUGUCCAAGAGGAAGAAGAGAAAGUCAGUUUCAAGGAUGAGGCCUCUUGCACUGCUACAGCUGUUGAAGACCAAGAGCCAACAAGCAGCACUCAGGCUGAAGCAUGUCCAGACUCGGGCCUUGAUGAUGAACAGGCCGAAAGGGAGGUACUGUGCGGAUCGCAGCAUGACGCCAGUGACAUGGAUCAGACAGAGCACCCGUCACCUGCUUGUGUCACCAGAAGCCCAGAGACCGGUGCAGACAGUGAGGAGAGUCACAGUGACCCAGUCAGCAGCAGCAGCAGCAGUAGUAGUAGCAGCAGCAGCAAUAGUAGCAGUUGUAGCAUAGACGAGAGUGUAGAAGUGGCCAGAGAUGACAUUUCACCCACUCCAUCCAGUAGUACGAAUGAGCCACCUACAGAGGGCGCCAUGGAAAGUUCCUGUGUGGACAUGGGAACACCAGAUGAGCCCAUGGAACAGGACUAGACUGAAAGCCCCCACUCUGCGGUCAUGUGACACCACAAACCAGCUUGUCCUUGAAUCCAGCUUGACUGUCACUGGAAUGGGGAUAACGUCACCUCAUACACAAACACCUCGUCCACAUUUGGACGCCCCUCCAAAAUGGCUACCUGGCAUUGAUGUGAGCAAACAAUUAUUUAGUAUGAACAUUUUUUUCUUUUUUUACUGGAAUUUUGAUUUUUUUUUUUUUUUUUUUUUUUUUUUUUUUUGCUAAAGAGUUGGUUUCAAGCAACCUUCUUUCACAGCUGGAGUUUUUUGUGUGUGUCAGUUGGAGCUUUUUGGUGGGCUGUGAUGGUCAUUUUCUUUUAUUUUUUUUAAUGCCACUCAUUCCAUUUAAGAAAGGAUUGGUAUGCUGUGUCUCCUUGAAGCCCAUUGGGUACAAGCACCAGACUAUAGGAGUCAGCUGUGUUUUUCUUUCUGAAGCACACUUUGAAGGUGCUGGAGUUGUGCAUUGACCUGAGCCCAAUCCCCUACCACCAUUUAUCCUGUUUGGCCACCAGGCUGCAGGAAAGGAACGUGUUUUUUUAAAUUCACUUAGCCCCUUUCACAAGGAUGGAGAUCUCCACGAUGUAUCCCAUGAUUGAAACCUAGUUUUUGCAUGAUACACUACCAAUCCCACGGGACUAUACGAUCACAUGCUACAAUGCAGAGGUGUUCUCUGAAAAAUAGCAUAUUGUGGAUGCAUAAAGUCACCAUUAUUUAUAUGAUAAUUUCAGUUCUCUUGGUUGUUUUUGGAGUUUGUUUUGUUGUCUGCCGGUUGUAGUUUCCAAAACCAGCGGUUAGUACAAAGAUGACGUCCGCUUUCUUUGUAUUGUGAUGUCACUUUCGUUUCACUGACUGACUUCAGAGUAGUCUCUGGUUGCAGUUCUCCACCUAUUUCUGCAGCUAUACUUUUUGAUAUUUAGGAUUUUAAAUUUCUGUAGAUUUUUGUAGAUUGUAAUACAGUAUGUGUUCACUGCCUUUGUGAAACCAUAUAUAAUUGUGUAAUUUCUGUGUAUAUUCUGAAUGCUUUUGCUUUCAAAUGGGGUAUUCAGAAACAGCAAUAAAUGUUAACAUUUU